AUAUAUCGUGAGGUGCUGCAUCAAUGGUUAAUAAAAAAUAAAAAGCCAUGGAUUAUUAAGUAAUUUAUUAGUGUGGAUAGAAGAAUGGCUGCUGACAGGACUGGACAUAAAUGUUUUUUUUUGUCUUUUUUGGUUAGCGGGAUGUAAUAUACUCAAAGAUUGAAAGCACACUUAUUUGUCUUCCCAGACAGCCACAAAACAAAGAAACACCAUGGAACUCAUUCAAAGAAAACUUGAAACACCCAAUGCGUAAAAAAAAGUAUAGCACAAAUGGCAAAGAUCGAGGGAAAAAGACAGGAUAUAAAACAUCAAACCACAGAGUCAUUGAAACAAUCUAGAAAUAUCCAUUCAUUUCAGUUCAAUUUAGCUCUGUGCCAUUCGUUGACAGCAGGCCACAGAGCCUAUCUGCCCCCAUCAAAAUUCCACAAAAUAGCAGUCAAGGAGUGACCAAUAACACAUCAUGACAUGAAGUCCAGUCCUCUAACCGUGUCGAUUAAACCUUUCCCAGGACCCAAGACUCCGGUAGCAGCGAGCGAGAGACCCGUCAACCGCAAAGAGGAUUGUAUUGACACGUGGGAUCCCGGGUGAUGUUGACACAAGCAGCAAUGGGAGCCUUGAACAUCUAAGCCCCUGCGAGACUGCCGAUUGCGGACAGGACCCUUCAAGCUCCUCAGAACAGACAGCUGGAGGGAAAGCAGGUCCAUAACAGAAAGACACAUGGGACCCCAACUUGCAGCAAUUUUUCACCACUCAUUUUUCUCCCAGACAUCCUGUACCAAUUUGGACUCGAAGUAUGAGGCAUGGAGGAGGUAUUCCUCGAUUCGUCGCAUUGGCGGAGGACACAUUUUGCUGAGAAUUUAUCUUGAGAUGCUUGAAUGUUUUCGCGCAUUUAUUUCCAAGAUUAAAAAAAAUAAUUUAGAAUGCUGUUUUACACUUUGCCUAUGCUCACUAUGAAGUGCUGAAAAAAUACCAUGAAUCCUCCCCGACACAUCCCAGAAGCAGGGCCAUGAAUCCGAAAGCUGCGGUGCGCGCGCAGAAGGUCGUGCAGCCGCCGGCUCCCGCGCGCCCGUCUGUCGCCCACACCUGACAUCGGGAGCCCGUGCGCGUGCCCCGUCCCGGUGCGCGCCUCCCCGUUCCCGAGGCGUCUCGCUGCAAAGGUAGUGCAGGCACAGAGGUGCAAGUGUUGGUGCGGCUCUGAACAGGGAGCAGUGCAGAGGGAUUAUAAUGCACUGAGCGCAUCAGGGACCAGAUGUCUUUAAGUCUUGCAGAGGUUAACCGGCGCAACACUGAGAGGAGAGGGGGGAGAGCAGGAGUGUUGGACGUAUAGCCAAGCAGAGAGUGACCGUGAUUCCAGUGACUGAGCUCUUUAAGUACCGAUAACUCGGAAGUACCUAUUAGUUCAGUGACAGCGAACAGCAACCAGAGCUUCUGUACCGUGUCCGCCGAGCCAGCAUCCCACCAGCUCGGCUUUAACUGUACAAUGAAUUUGUGCAUAAUACGGAUUUUAGUGGUUUGUUUGCAGUCUAAUUUAUUUAGUGGGGCGGUGCUGGAUGAAGACGCACGAGCAGGGUGUAGAACAGCAGUGAAUGAUUUAGUUUUCAUCAUGGAUGGCUCCUGGAGUGUAGGAUCGGAUGAUUUUGAAACAGCAAAGAUGUGGCUAAUUAAUGUUACAAGUGGAUUUAAUAUCGGACCUGAAUAUACACAAGUGGCUGUUAUCCAGUACAGUGAUACUCCACGUCUGGAAAUUUCUUUUGACCAGUUCCAGUCAAGUAAACAGCUGAUUGCUGGAAUAGAAAGAAUUGAAUAUCUUGGUGGAAAUACUCAAACAGGCCGUGCUAUUAAAUUUGCAACUGAGUCUGUUUUUCCUUCUUCACAAAGGACCAUGGUGGCCAAAAAUAAAAUUGCUAUCGUUGUCACAGAUGGAAAAUCUCAGGACGAUGUCAUGGAUGCCUCUGUUGAAGCACGUGUAAAGAAAGUAAUUCUAUUUGCCGUCGGAGUUGGGUCAGAAAUAACAGAAUCUGAACUUAAAACAAUUGCCAACAAACCCUCUACAACCUACGUUAUGUUUGCAGAAGAUUAUAGCACCAUAGAGAGAAUUAACGAGGCUAUGAGGCAGAAGAUUUGUGAAGAAUCUGUGUGUCCCACUAGAAUCCCAGUAGCUGCACGUGAUGAGAAGGGCUUCGAACUAAUGUUGGGCUUUAAAAUACCUCAAAAAGCUCAGGAAGUGGUUGGAUCAUUGACAACCCGAGCGGGUUUCCUAUUAUCUCCUGAAAUUGAUGUGACUGAAAACACCAGAGAGAUAUUUCCAGAAGGUCUACCUCCGUCUUAUGUAUUUGUUGCCACACUGCGGUUAAAAAGUCCAACCAACAAGAUGAAAUUUGACUUGUGGAGAAUCCUGUCCAAAGAAGGAAUUAUGCAAGCAGCUGUCACGCUUGAUGGAGAACAACAGACUGUGUUUUUCACGACGACCAGUCUGAUCGAGGAGAUUCAGACCGUGGUGUUCAAUGAUAAAAGACUAAAGGAAUUGUUCGAUGAAGAGUGGCAUCAAUUAAAGCUACUGAUCCUAGAAAUGAAGGUCACUUGUUUCUUAGAUGGCAUGGAAAUUCAGAACCAAAAUCUUGAGCAAGUUAUUCCUAUAUACAUAAAUGGAAAGACCCAGGUGGCUAAACUUGUGAAAAGAGACACAUCUGUGCCCAUAGAAAUACAGAAGCUUAGACUCUACUGUGACCCAGAGCAAAGUGAUCGGGAGACAGCAUGUGAGAUCCCUUCUGUGUGUCCACCUGAGAGAACGGCUCCCAAGACAGUUUGUGAGUGUCCAGCAGGUCCACCUGGUAUUCCUGGUCAACAAGGACUGAAAGGUGAAAAGGGAGAACGUGGCAAGCCAGGAAAAUCAGGAACCAAUGGUAUGCCUGGACUACUUGGCAAACAAGGUAUUCCAGGCUUACCCGGACCCCCAGGCAUACAGGGUAAACCUGGUUUGCCUGGACCCCAAGGGGAACCUGGACCAAGAGGAUACAAAGGUGAAAAAGGACAACAGGGUGUACCAGGAGCACAAGGGCCUUCAGGCACAAAGGGAGCUGAAGGAGCAAUGGGAAAAGAUGGAUUACCAGGAAUUCCUGGAGAAAAGGGUAGCAGUGGUGAAAAAGGAAAUCCUGGUGCUCCUGGGCAACGUGGUCUUACAGGAGGGCCUGGCGUUCCAGGAAUAAAUGGACAUCCAGGACCUCCUGGUUUAAAGGGGGAUCAUGGUAACCCGGGUUUGCCAGGAAGAGAUGGACGCCAUGGACCAAUGGGUUUUCGAGGUCUUCCUGGGGCCCGAGGACCACAAGGACCUAAGGGACUGAAAGGUCUGAUUGGCCAAAAGGGAGCUGAAGGGAAUCCUGGGAUACCGGGUAAGCAAGGAUAUCCAGGAUUACCUGGGCAUGAUGGACAUCCGGGGUCUAAGGGGGAUGUUGGUGAAUGGGGUCUUCCAGGACUCCCGGGACGUCCAGGUUCACCUGGUCUAAGAGGAGAGCCUGGAAUACCAGGCCAGUCUGGAUCUAUUGGAAUUCCUGGAACAAAGGGAAACAAGGGGGAAGCAGGAAGUCCUGGGAAGAAAGGCAGCCAGGCUGAGAGAGGUAGAGAAGGGCCGCCCGGAUCCCCAGGUCUGCAGGGACUUACUGGUGCCAAAGGAGAAAAGGGAGAGAAAGGGAACACGGGACCAUCUGGUGACAGGGGGAUCAAGGGCAGGAAUGGUGAUCCCGGCAUAAUGGGCCCUGUAGGACCUCGUGGACCGUCAGGGCAUAAUGGCCCAUCUGGACCGCCUGGUAUCCCUGGACUUCCUGGGAAACCUGCAACGCCUAUCACAGACGAGCAUGUGAUGAAAUUAUGCAACAACAUACUUCGCACUCAAUUGCCAUCACUACUUCAAAGCAUGAGACCAAGUUGCCAGUGUGAAGGAAUCCAAGGAGCUCCUGGGCAACCUGGUGCUCCGGGGCAGCCAGGACAGAGGGGGUUACCCGGAUACCCAGGCCGAACAGCCAAGCGAGGAUACAGAGGGCUCCCUGGUAUGCCUGGACUACCAGGAAUGAAAGGCGAGCAGGGGAUAAAAGGAGACAAAGGUAUGAAGGGUGAAGAGCACCUAGGGUUACCAGGUCCACCUGGACAAGCAGGGCUUCCCGGACUACCAGGUUCUCCUGGUCACGGAUUUCCAGGGGUGGAUGGGGAACCAGGGAGAAAUGGAGCACCAGGACAUCCAGGGAAGCGUGGUCCACCAGGAAUGCCGGGCAUCUGCGAUAUAUCCAGCUGCUACAAUUCCUAUGACAGUAACCAAAAUCCAUACAUCAAAGGACCCAACUUCUGAGGGUGGGGAAUGGUUUGGUGUCUGUGAGCUGAAUCCCAAAGUGUCAUCUCAUGUGCUGCCAAAGAGGAGGAACCUGUCUCAGGAAACAAAACAGCCAUCACAAUACCAACCAGCCAGUUAUUAGAGGUUCCAUCUUUCAUCUUGGUUUGCUACUGAUUUCAGAAUAUUUCAAUAUAAACAUUUUAAACACAUGGCGUGCUGUGCAUGUAUGUUUAUCUUCCAGCAUUUUUAAAAAUAAAUUUUGAUAACAGCUUUAUUAUUAUCUGUGUACAUAAUUUUUGCAGAUUUAAAUAAAUUGUCUACAAUGUGCAGAUGUUCAGGGGUUAACUUUGAUCUUGGCAUGUUGAGCCUAAUGGUUCACCACAGCAGAACUCACUGAUUAUCAUCUUAUUAAAACCAAUGGGCAACUGAUCCUGUAAUAAAUGAGUUAUGAUACUGAAUGUACCCAUUCUAGAGUCCCAAACUUAAAUCUCAUCACUUUGAAGUACAAUGAAUUCUGAUUAAUUGGGCCAUCAGUUAAUCAGGGCAGUGGUUAUUUGGGACAACUCUUAAAGAGCAAAAACAAAUGGAGAAAAUUGCUGGGAUUCCCUUCAUUUAUUUGGGACACUAUGUUGAUUAAUUGGAUAGGAGUCUUGCUGAACUGGUUCUAAGUAGCGUCAAUGUGUGGCUGUUAGACGCUAUACCAUGCUUAGAGCAAACGUGUAAAUGGUGUCAGUUGCCUGUGUUUGUGUUCGAAAGAGCAUUGAUCUUUAUCACUGAUAGUUGGUGGGAAAUGAGCAGUAAGACAACUUAGAACAGUUUUGCCCACUGCCGUUUCAAGUAUUGAGGCUUGGGGAUGCCAGAAAUGGCCAGGAGUGAAAAUGCAGUAAUUUCACCACUUCAACAGUUUAGAAAGAAUGAAGAAUUUUAAAGCAUUGACAAUCAUCUUGAAUGUUACCUUUAGUCCCACUGGGCUCUCAACUCUCACCCUGUGGGUUCAAGUAGUGGCCACAUCCCAAUAUACCGCUCCAACAGGUGGGCUAAACCAGGUCUCAUAAUCAGUGAGAUAUGGACGUGCCUGCCCUAGCAUGCGAAGUCAGCUCUAGCGGACUGGGCAGAUGAGAUUUAGAGUGAGGUUCAGCAGCCAGGAAGGCAGUUCUGCAACAUUACUUGGAGAGUGAAGGGCAUGAUCAUCCACAGGGAAGACCCAGCUGCAAUGACUACUUGUCCCACUGGACCUGGAUCUCCAAGGUCAAGAGAGUGGAACUGCCCCAGUGCAACAGCUUUUCCACUUUAAAAAUGCCUGCACAGGUUUUCUGUGAUUGUCGGACACAACGGACAACCACCAGUAGUUUUGGUGGAGUUCUAAUAUGUUCUGUAUUUUGUGUAAAUAAAUAAUUUGUUGCUCAGUUAAA